AAUGCGCUUCCUUAUAAACACAGUUUGGCGCGGCAGUGUCAGUUCGAAACAGUUCCUGUAUCGGUGACGUGACUUUCUUAAAGCAAUACACGCACCGACACAGGGUUUUGUUCUACGAGCUCGACACAUCGGUGUUGCCGGACCCAUCACUAGUUAUCUAAACUUCGCUCACAACAAAACACGCUCACACGACCCUCGUCAGCCCAGGAAAGCGCAACACAGGCCAGCUAUGAGAUUUCAGCUCUAAUUGCCAGGAGUGGACAUUCAUUUUCUACAGGGGACUUUGUUAAAGAAUGCUUAUCCACGGCUGCAAAGCUAGUGUGUCCCGCUCAGGCAAGAGCUUUCUCCCAGAUCAGCCUCUCAGCUAAUUAUUACGGAGAUGUUUGACCACAUAAAGGCCUUUCAGAGAAAACUGCAGCUACUGUGUCGACAUCUGUCAGCAGGAAACCUGGCUCACUUCCCCAGUCUGAGAGAGGUAAACCUGGUACAACAGAAACUGUCUGAAUAUGCAACACUUGUCAGCAACCUAGACCUGGAGUUUGAAAUGCGCUUUCAGGACUUCAGGAAGAAUUCAGGUGACAUGGAGCUGUUUUCCCAACCCUUCAGCACAAGUGUGGACUGUGUCCCUGAUCACAAUCAGAUGGAGCUGAUUGAGUUUCAGUGCGAUUCAGAGCUGAGGAAUAAAUUCAUGUCACUGAAACUGAAGGACGUCUAUAUACAUGUCUCACCAGAACGGUACCCAAACAUUAGGAAGCAUGCACAGGUGAUGUUAUCUCUGUUUGGCAGCACCUACAUUUGUGAACAGACUUUCAGUGUAAUGAACCUUAACAAAACCAGGCUCAGAAGCACUCUGACUGAUCUACACCUGCAGGACGUUCUCACCCUCUGUUAGUCAGCUUCAGCCUGACAUUGAGAGGCUGGUCAAAGCCAAAGACCAGCUUCAUGUGUCUCACUAAUAGUGUCAAACUGCUGCUGUUUGCUGUUAAUAUGGACAUG